AUGUAUUAUUUUACCUUAAAGUCAAAUGCUUGUGUAAAUGUCAACGCUUCUAUUGCAUCAUUUUUACAUACCAGUGUGUUUGAGAUAGGUACUUGUAAGCCGCUCUACAUGGCCUACUACACUACCGAAUAUUACCUGCUGGGAUUUCCAGGACUCCAUCCAGUGUAUUAUGAAGCUGUGGGAUUCCUAUUGUUCUUUGUCUACUUAAUGCUGGCGGGAGGAAAUAUCUUUAUAAUUUCAUUUAUUACAUAUGAGAAAAGCCUUCAUAAACCCACCUAUUUAAUAUUCUGCAAUCUUGCUGUGUGUGAUAGAACUGUCACACUGCCUAAAGCCAUUGCUAAAUACUUUUGCAAUAUUAGUGAGAUAACCUUUUUAAGCUGCUUCAUGCAAAUGUUUUUUGUUAACUACUUAGGGAGCAUAAACUCUUUCUUAAUGCUAUUGAUGGCAAUUGAUCGAUUUGUUGCAGUGAGUAAUCCGCUGAGAUACUGUGUGCUUAUAACAAACAAAACAUGGCUGAUGAACAUGAUGUGCAUCUCAUGGCUGACAUUUAUGGUUUGUAACACCUCCGAUGAGCCCUAUUGCAGUUCCAACGUAAUAACCCAAAACUAUUGUGACCACAAUUCAAUUAUUAAACUAUCUUGUGGAGAUAUACAGCAAUAAAAGUUUUAUUCGUUUACAUUUGCUAUGUUUGUUCUGUUGGGCCCUUUGAUAUUUAUUAUCUUUUCUUUUACUGCCAUCAUCAUUUCUGUCUUCAGAAUAUCUGACACCCAGGCCCGAUUUAAAACGUUCUCAACUUGCACUCCUCAGCUUCUGAUCAUCUGUCUGUAUUAUGUUCCCAGAUGUGUUGUUUUUGUGCACGAUGUGACAAUUGUGAUUUCACCAGGCAUUCGGGUUAUGUUAAUUAUGUGGAACACUUUGAUCCCACCUAUUGUUAAUCUGAUUUACUGCUUCAGAACCAAAGAGAUCAAAGAUGCAAUCAAGAAAAAACUUAAAGACAGGAAAGGGAACAUGCAGAUAUGA